UAUAGUGAGCAGCAGUUGUGAUGGCAACAGCGAGGGUCAACACAACUCGAUAAGUGGCGGGGUGGCUCACAGAAGUCCUCGGAGGUUCCUCUGUUCACGAACCAAACAACGGCGCCGUCCUGGUGAAGCAACAACUCCCUGUGAAAUGUGCUCACGGACUCAGAGGUGCUCAACCGAUUCGCAUCAUUGAAAGAAACAUUUGUUCAUGAUAUCUCCAGAGCGAAUUUGGGUUCGGACUUCCGCACAUUUCCAACGGGUUCUCAUUGUACGCCCAUUCACCGCCCGCUGCUAUGUGUGGCUAAAGGGGCCUUUGUGGGCGCUGGAGUGGCGUGCGGUUAAAAGGGCCGCGAGGAAGCGGGGAGCUGCAGAUUGCGCACGAGGAGUACCCGAGAUGCUGUUCGCACGGGCACCACGGGGCCUCGCGGCUCUGCUGCUCUCUCUGUGCAUGAGUGGCGUCCUCAACCCCGCCAGUGCAGGGCGCGUGCUGGUGUCGCCGCCCCUACCGACGCAAGGGGCAAUCAACCAGGCGCCGCAGCUGCUGGAGGAGCUCUCGCUGCUGGUGGAGGACGCGAACUCGAGCGACACGGAGCUGCGGGUGCUGACCGAGGGCGCGGGGAGCGGCGCGGCUCCACGCCGCUACCCCGCGCACCGCGUGCUGCUCGCGCUGCGCAGCCGCGCAUUCUCCGCGCUCCUCGCCAAUGGCAGCGGCAGCCUCCUGCAUCUCACGCUGAGCCCCGACUGCGCCAGCGUGUUCAGCGCCUUCCUACGGUAUUUAUACACUGGGAAAAUUGUAGUCAACGUUGAGCAAGUGAUCCCUCUGUGCAUGUUGGCAUUCGAGUUCAAAGUGGAUUCUCUGCGACUCGGCUUGUCAAAGUUCAUGACGGAGAACCUGAGUCAGAGUCCUGUUGUCGCCUGGUAUGAGUUCGCGUGGAAGGUCGGGGAUCAGAGCCUCGUGGCAAAGUUCAACCAGUUCAUCGCUUGGAACCUGUCCUCAGUCAUCAGCUCCCCCGAGUGGGCUGCGAUGUCUGGCGAACACCUUCACGGCUUGCUUCAGCGAUCGGACCUGGUGCUAGACAAUGAACUCUCCCUCUUCAGUGCUGUGGCGCAGUGGAUCGAGAGAAACCAGCCAAACAGCUCCACUGCUGAAGCCCUCCUCAAGUCCAUUCGCUUCCCCAUGAUGACUCCCGUGCAAAUCCUGCAGCUGAAGACAGAGUCUACGGUUUUGAAGAAGUACGAAUAUUCCAUCAAUAACCUGCUCGACCAGUCGUUUCAAUUCCACUCCGUAUCUCCCGUUCAGUUUGCCAAAUACUUCGAUGUGAAGAAGACCAUGUUCAUUCCGCGCAACUAUCUCUCGCCGCCCUGGGGCACCCUUUGGGCCAUUCAGAACCCCGCUCGGGACGAUCGGAGCAUCGUUUUCCAGACACAAACCAGCCCCAGCAACUUUGACUACGGCAAAAAGAUUUCCUGGAACGUCGUUUUUUCACCAAGGAAGCUGAAGCUCGAGCAGGGCGUGAUGCAGCAGCAGGGGUACCGAGGCUCUCAGAGCAGCGGCGGGCACGCAGACCUCAGCCCCAGGCUCCACAUCAUCCCCGCCUCGCCAACCAUCGGAGGGGCGGGCGUCAAGUACCAAAAGACGGUUCUGAUCGGGAGCAAGAGGCAGGGCCGGAUGAUCGUGAAGCAGAUUUCUAAUUUCUAUCAGAGCACGGAUGAAAUGGGGAACUUCUUAAAGGAUGCAGACAUAGUGAAGCGCUCCUCAGAGUACCUCGUGGAUAACGCCCUCCACCUCCACAUCAUCGUCAAGCCCAUGUACCAACCGAUCGUUGAUAUGAAAUGAUGGCUUCACAAACAGCUGCCCUGGAGAGGGAGAGAGAGAUAGCGCCUUCUCAGACACGUGGCGCGAGUUACUGACGCGCCAUCCUGCAGGUGACCAAUGCAGUAAUAGCAGUGAAUUAACAAAGUCAAUGACCCGUGCACUGACCACACACGUGACCCAUUCUCACUUCCCCAGCAUGGCUUGCUGCUGCUGAAAGUGGCCUGGAGACAACCCGCGGAAUCGCUGUUGUGGUGGUGGUUGUGGUGGUCGUGGUUGUGAACGGGGUAAAUGGUUUUCAGGCCUAGACAUCAGCUGGAGUCCAACGUCUCACAAAGGAGAAGGCAGCGCGUCUGUCUCACCAUCGUUCAUUUGCGCUGCGUGUGUGUUUCACCAGCACAAGAUUAAGCAUCACAGUGAGAGCGCUCUCGAUGACGCAUCACAACAGUGACGACUCACGACGGUGACGACUCACGACAGUGACGACUCACGACUGUGACGACUCACAACUGUGACGACUCACAACAGUGACGACUCACAACUGUGACGACUCACGACGGUGACGACUCACGACAGUGACGACUCACGACUGUGAGGCUUCACAACAGUGACGACUCACGACAGUGACGACUCACGACAGUGACGACUCACGACGGUGACGACUCACAACGAUGAGGCUUCACAACAGUAACGACUCACGACUGUGACGACUCACGACAGUGACGACUCACAGCAGUGACGACUCACGACGGUGAAGACUUACGACAGUGACGACUCACUACAGUGACGACUUACGACAGUGACGACUCACUACAGUGACGACUCACAACUGUGAUGACUCACGACGGUGACGACUCACGACAAUAACGACUCACGACUGUGACGACUCACAACAGUGACGACUCACGACAGUGACGACUCACGACGGUGACGACUCACAACAGUGACGACUCAUUACAGUGACGACUCACGACAGUGACGACUCACUACAGUGACGACUCACGACAGUGACGACUCACAACAGUGACGACUCACAACUGUGACGACUCACGACAGUGACGACUCACGACAGUGACGACUCACUACUGUGACGACUCACGACUGUGACGACUCACAACGGUGACGACUCACGACAGUGACGACUCACGACAGUGACGACUCACUACUGUGACGACUCACAACGGUGACGACUCACAACGGUGACGACUCACUACCGUGACAACUCACGACAGUGACGACUCACGACUGUGACGACUCACGACAGUGACGACUCACGACAGUGACGACUCACUAC